CAGACGACCACGCGUAACCAUGACCCAUGAAGCGGUAGCAGUCGGCACGACGCGAUGAUCGGACACAUGCGCCGGCCGCGCGCUCACCAUGCGACAGCCCUCGACCGAAACGGUCGACAAAGCAGUAUGCACGGAGGAGUCUGGCGCGGCGCGGCUCGAGGCGGUGUUGGUCGCGCUGGUCGAGCGCAAGGCGCGCGCGCUGCACGCCGAGCAGGCGCGCCGCCGCCUGCGGCACCCGCUGCUGCUGCUGCUGCGGGACCAUCAGUAUGUACGGAGGCGCGCGUGCUGCACGCCGAGCAGGCGCGCCGCCGCCUGCGGCACCCGCUGCUGCUGCUGCUGCGGGACCAUGUGGACGGUGAGUUCCCUGCGCGUCGCGCGCGCCACAACCUGCUGCUGCUGCGGGACCAUGUGGACGAAGAGGCGUCGAUGGUGGGCAGUCCUGGCGAGGUGCUGCCCUCCCACUGGUGCGAGCACGAGCACCGCAAGCAUAAGAACCUCAAGCUGCAUAUGCACCCCGAUGUAAUGUUUGACAGUGAGCUGGAUAGUCCGGAGGCGCUCGAGCUGGAGCGGCGACGGCGUCGGCGUAAACGGCGUCAGCGCGCCGCCGCCGCCGCCGCCGCGCAGCCGAGAAAACACCGCACGCUGCUCGUCUCCGCCAUCGACGAGCAGGCUAAAGUUAUACACGUUCUUGACCCCGACGAGCUACCCCGGCGGGCGCGGUACACCAUCAUGGUAACCGCGUGUCUGCUCCUCUUCCUCUGUCUGUUGCUAGUCGGCGUCACCUUGCGGAUGGCGCCCCUCAUCGAUGAUAUGGUACGCCAGGAGAACGAGCGUAUGAUGCACGACGUCCUCCAGCUCCCGCCUGGAAAUCGCACCCAGUUGUCGGGGGCAUUGCGCUGACGCCGCGCUAUUCGCCGAAGCCGCGGCUGGAUAACGUGCGGCCCGCCGCCGCCCCUCCAGAGGAACCAGAACCCGACCAGCCUGACGCUGAUCUUGACGCUCCCGAGGCCCACGCCGAGGCCCUCGUCG